UGAAAGCACAACACACAUCUCGUCCUACAAACUAUCAAUUGCCUUCUGCUUGCACAAGUUUAGUUGUUAAUUCAUAAAGCUAUAGAGCAAUGAGGUUUCUCUCUCAAAACCCUUCUUCUUCUUCUUCUUCUUCUUCUUAUUCUUCCACUACUAUUUUCUACUUGGUCAUAGUGAUAAUUAUGCACUACCAUAAACAUGGAGAUGCACUAAGCCUACCAGGAAACCAAACAGUGCCAGCACUUUUUAUAUUUGGAGAUUCGAUAGUGGAUCCAGGCAACAACAACAAUAUCAAAACUAUCAUCAAGUGCAAUUUUCCACCCUAUGGGAGAGAUUUCAUGGGUGGAAAACCAACCGGAAGGUUUUGUAAUGGAAAAGUCCCCUCUGACAUUUUAGUUGAAGAAUUAGGCAUUAAGGAACUGUUGCCCGCAUAUCUGGAUCCGAAUUUGAAGCCUGAAGAUCUCGUCACUGGCGUAAGUUAUGCUUCUGGUGGCUCCGGAUAUGAUCCUCUAACUUCCAAAAUUGCGUCUGUAUUAUCAUUAUCAGAUCAGUUAGAUUUCUUAAAGAAAUCCUUAACGAAGAUAGAGGCCAUGGUGGGAAAAGAACAGACUGCGACCAUACUGUCGAAGGGGGUUUUCAUAGUGUGUACGGGAAGCGAUGAUAUUGCAAAUACUUAUUUUAGUACUCCAUUUAGGAGAGCUCACUAUGAUAUCAAUUCCUAUACAGAUUUAACAGUCAGUGAAGCUUCAAAAUUCUUUCAGGAACUUUAUGGAGUAGGAGCAAGAAGAAUAGGACUACUUAGUUUACCACCAAUUGGGUGUGUACCAGUCCAGAGAACACUGAAUGGAGGAAUUCAAAGAGGCUGUUCAGAACAAGCCAACCAAGCUGCUCUACUCUACAACUCGAAGCUCUCCUCUUUAGUUGAUUCCCUCAAUCAACGAUACCCAGACGCUAGAUUUGUCUACUUUGAUGUCUAUAACCCACUCCUUUCCAUCAUCCAAAACCCAGCUCAAUACGGGUUUGAAGUGGCCACAAAAGGAUGCUGUGGAACUGGAGAUUUAGAGGUGAGCAUACUCUGUACACGUGUAAGUGAUCCACUUACAUGCAAAGAUGAUGCAAAAUAUGUGUUUUGGGACAGUUACCAUCCCACUGCCACCGCUUACCAAAUUCUUACCCCUGCUGUUCUCAGCAACAGCAUCAACAAAUUCUUCUAGACCACUCAAAGGCAGUCCCUGUAUAAUUAAAUAAAAGUUGGAACUGUAAUUUGUGAAUGGCAUUACUUAAUUGAAAUUAAUUAAUAAUAUUAGUUAUA